AUGACGGACUCGGAAACCCUCAGCUCAGGUUUUGCGUCUGGAGAUGAAGUCGAGGGUUCUUCAGAUAUGAGCGAAGAGACGAACAGCGACAAAGACGAUGACUUUGAGACCCACGACAAAUUCAGAUGGGCUUUUACUGACAUGCUACGCCAGAUGAUGUUUGUGUCUGGUGAAACUGCCGAACCGGCCAUCGAGACUACCACGCUGAUCGAAGAAAUUACCCGUCAGCAAGUCAUUGAGAUCCUCGCUCGUAGCACGGCGCUAGCCACUCGCCGCGGCUCACGUUCUAUCUCGACCGAUGACCUGAUUUUCCUUAUCCGUCACGACAAGGCCAAGGUCUCACGGCUUCGCACUUUCCUGUCAUGGAAGGACGUCCGAAAGAACGUCAAGGACUCCGACGACAAAGGUGGUGCCGAUGCGGCAGACUUUGCCGCUGCCGAUGACGCCGCUGGUGUUGUUGCUGGUCCCCAGGAUGUCGCAUCCAAGCCAAAGAACAAGCGCGCGAAGGUUGGCCUCGCAUGGGACGUCAGUAGCUUCUUCUCGGUGCAAAUUCCCGAGCGCGACGAUGAAGAAGAUGAAGAGGAGGAGGAACAGAACUACGCCACCCUCCAGCGACUCGCCGCCGCUGAUGAGCGCACCAAGAACAUGACCAAGGAGGAAUACGUCUUUUGGUCUGAGUGUCGCCAGGCCUCUUUCACAUACCGAAAGAGCAAGCGCUUCCGCGAGUGGGCCGGCUUCGGCAUCGUGACAGAGUCAAAGCCCAAUGACGACAUUGUCGACAUCCUGGGCUUUCUGACCUUCGAAAUCGUCCAGACUUUGACUGAGGAAGCGCUCAAGGUCAAGGAGCGCGAGGACCAUGAGAAGAACCGUGGCGGCGCUGACAGCACCGGCGACAGCGCCAAGAAGCGCAAGCGCGAGACCGGCCUAUUCGACCCCCGGAGGAGGGUCGCACCCCCAUCGAACCUCGCCACAUCCGCGAGGCUUACCGCAAGCUACAGGCCACCCCGCAGAAGGCCAUUGCGAUGCUCCUCCAUAACGGCCGUGUGCCUCCCCGUCUGCCCCUGCGGCUGGUGA